CUCCUGGCAGCGAUGGCUUCAGGAAAAGACACCUGUCCUAUCUUACCUAAACUGGCCAACAGCUGUCCUGAUGAGAAUUCAUAUAACCCUGCUAAUAAGUGUAAUGAGAUUCAUUUGCCACGGUUUUCAUUAAAGCAAGGGAUGUUGCCAAGACGUUAUGUUAUGCCUUGGAAAGAAAGCAUGAUAUUCAGGAAUAUAAAUCUGAAGCAUGCAGAAGCGUGUGGAAUCUAUGCUGGCCCUUUAGAAGACUCUCUGUUUCUGAAUCACAGUGAAAGGCUUUGCCAUGGGGAAGAUCGUAAAGUUGUCUCGAAGAAAGGCCGACCAGAAAUAAAAAUUGCAGAUCUGCCUUUGCAUUCACCUCUCUCCAGAUACCAGAGCACCAUGAUUUCCCACGGCUUCAGGAGGCAACAGGUUUGAUGAAAGAAGAAUAAAGUGAUAAAGCAUUUCAAUAUCAUCUC